CUUCCUAGCACCACAUCACACGCCACGCUCUCCCCCACCGCUCAUGCAUUUCCAAAAGUAGCAGGGAAUUCAGCUUCAUCAAAUCAUCUGCCUGCAAAGCCAGGAGCAUUACAGAGAUUGCUUCAUCCUGACCAGAUCCGGAACCCAGCCUGGAAACGGUGUCUGCUGAAACGACUCCCCACUCCUCCCCCUCCUCUUCCCCCUGUUGGAUUCGAGAUCUCAGUGAAGACAAUUGCAGUAAAUGAGGACAUUUCAGGAGUGCGUGGCUACUGCCGCCGCUGCCUAGAGGCGAACGCUCUCUUGGUCACAGCUGAAUAAAUGUCUCAGUGUGAUAGCUAAAGGGGUGGUGGUGAUCAAGUCUCCGGAAAGCAAAAGAACAUUUUCAGCCGGUCUAUCUUGCAGCAGAUGCUCUACACCCGUGGAUCGUUUCCCUGCAAGCUUGCAGAAGUGAACGGAGAGAAAUGCAUCACAAAGGAAUUGCACAGACUUUUAGUUAUUUUUAAGGCAGCGUAAGGCAUCAUGGUGAGUAAGGAAUCCAGCAAAUGCUUACUCACAACCUCAGAAAGUGAAGUUGAGCCAGCAGCUUCCCUUGCUUUGGAGAUGAAAUAUGCAUUGGAUCCCAAUCGACAGAUUAAGAAAAGAAACAAAGCCCUUCAGGUGAGAUUUAAAGAUAUCUGCGAGGCCCAGAAUGAACAAAGGGACAAACAACUAUCUACAGUACAGCAUGCAGACAAAAGAGAAACAAAGCCCAUCUCUUAUAAAGCAGCUUAUCGUAAAUAUAUGACAGUGCCCGCACGAAGGUCCAUACCUAAUGUUACUAAGAGCACAGGAGUUCAGACCUCACCAGAUCUUAAAAAGUGUUACCAGACAUUCCCUUUGGACCGCAAAAAAGGGAAUAUUAUUAAAAGCGUCUCAGCUGUUGACACCUUUAAGAGUCAAAACAAUGGAUUUUUAAUAGAUAUUAAGGAUGAAGAUAGUAAAAACUCAGGGGAGGCUGCUCAUUGUAGCAAGGUCAGUGACCUAAAGACAGCAGAGUUUAUUUCCCAUACUCAUGAACGCAUGAAUGCAGUAGAUCAGCCUUCUAGUGACAACUGUUCAGAGGCAUGUAAAAGCACUGAUUUGCACAGCUGUACUAAAGAACCUCCUUCUCUUCAAAACUCAGCAGACUCUACUUCAGAAGAGCCUGAUUACCAGCUGCACGAUAAUGCAAAACAUGAUACAGUGCCUCUGGAUAAUGAGGAAUCUAAUCAAUCAGCACAUGGGAAAGUGUUCAAGACGGAAGUAGCUACAAUUUAUUUACCUGCAUCCAGUUCACAUGCCACACAGCCUGACCCGCAAAACUCUGCAGCAGAGACUGAAUGGUCACUAUGCCCAGCAACAGAUGAGGAAAAAAAGAGAACUGUGCAUCUUAAUGGUCUGCAAUCCCAGUCAGUAAACGCUCAGGCCUGCUCAACACAGGCACAGUGCCAAUCAGCCGAAUGUAAUGAACAGACCCUUCAGAUAAAUGUUUCACCUAUGGAAGAAAACCAGCCUUGUCAGACAGCAGUUGCUGUGAGUGAAGAAUGCCAACAAAUUGUGCCUCACACAGAAGUGGUAGACUUGAAAGCACAGCUUCAGAUGAUGGAGAAUUUAAUCAGCUCAAGCCAGGAAACCAUAAAAGUGCUGUUGGGUGUCAUUCAGGAGCUAGAAAAAGGAGAAGCUCAUAGAGAAGGGCUUUCAUAUCGGACUGGUCAAGACACAGCUAAUUGUGACACAUGCAGGAACAGUGCAUGUAUUAUCUAUAGUGUGGAGUUGGAUUUUAAACAGCAGGAAGACAAACUACAGCCGGUUCUGAGAAAACUUCAUCCUAUUGAGGAAACUCAGGUUGCACCUUUGCCUUAUUCUCAGGAGAGUUACUCCUCAACUCCCAAACAAAAAUCCAAAACUGAAUCAAAAAAGCAUGGAAGAUGGAAACUCUGGUUUCUUUAACUAAGUCCAUUAGCUAUGGAGUUUAAGGCCUUCUUUGAAACAUAUUUUGGAAUUCAGUUAAUCAUCUAAAAAUGGAUCUUGGUAAUUGAUCAGUGUUAUUAGCCACUGUUACUCUGGUUAUUAUGGGCAGCAUUCAGUUCUCACCAUAUGUACCAAAAAGGCCUUUGUACCUAUAAACUAAUGUUCAUGAGCAAGGCAUUAAAUCAUACCUUGCCAACUUUUAUUUGCAGUUCACCAAUGUGGGAUGUAAAAUCAGAAUUGAAAUUUGUAUAGACAAAGAUGACAAGCAAAACUAUGUUCCCACCACCACCACCACCCUCCUUAGAUCUGCAAGUGUUACGUUUCAACCUGGUAAAUGGCAUCCUGCACACAGCUAAAAUAACUAUUUUUAAGCCUUUUUAUGUUCUGUUUCAUUUUAAACAUUAAUAAGGAAAAAAUGCAAGCCUUGUGUUUGCAACGAUCUUCAAUUUUACAUUUAAUUUUCCAAAUAGGUGGGGGUCAUGAGAAGUGCAAUUUUUAGCACAUAAUAUCCUGGAGAAAGCACAACUUUUCAAAUGGUCCAAGACCAUGAAUAAUCUCUAUGAUGUGACUAUAUAUGUGUAUUUGCCUUCAUGUGCUGUAGAGUUAAACCAAGUUAUUACAUCUCAGCAUCAUAUUGACACCUCUAAUUUAGUGUCAUAUUUAUCACCGGACUUAUGACAUAUUUACUGCUCAUUUUAAAGGAUGAGCAGCCAGAAACCACCCGAAGUCAGGACACACCUUUAAUCGCUAAAAGUUGACAGGGUCGAAGCUAUGGGACACUAAGCUUUCUUAGAUCUCAUUUUUAUAUUUUGGUACCCAAAGACCAAAAUGCUAUAUUCUGGCACAGAAUAUGAAAAAAAUAAUAUGGAUAAUAGUAAAAUGAUAGAUUGUUGGCAGUUGCCACACUUUAAAUCCUUUUUGUAAUUCAAUCGUCAGAAAAACUGUACACUAUUGUAGAGGGUGCUAGAAAUUUCAUAGUACGCAUUAUGCUUUAUUACAAGAGUUCAGAAGGGCCUGGCAACUUUAAUAGUUAUUUAUUUAGCUGAGCUUCUAAGAUCAAUUUCCAGACCAACAUAAUAUCAUUUGUAUUAAAGUAAUAUAUUAACUGUACUAAUCAAUCACACUUAGGGGGGAAAGCUGUGAAUCAAAUUUCUUCUUAGAUUUUUAAAAACAGUAACACUUUAAAUCCACUAUCAGUUAUACACUGCAAUCUUUUCCCUUUCCAUAUUAAGCAUUGUCAUUAAAAAACCCUAAUCUAGGUGACCAUCUGGAAAACUCUUGUAAUGACAGGGAUUGGGAAUCUUGUUUCUUUUUUCUUUUAGUUAAAUCAUUUGAGUAGUGUACACUCACGUGACAAAAACUGGGAUAACAAGGUACUGGCUCUGCAAUUUCAUAUCCCAAGGCAGCAUUAAGAUGUGAAUUUUUCAGUCUUUAGAUGCAGCAAAAAGUUGGAAGAAAUGAAUCCCUAACAGCAGAGUCUGCACCUACUAAAUAAACCUGGAGAUGUUUAUGUUCAACUCUUUUUCCCCCCUUACCUCAACAUCAAAUCCAUUUUUAAGUACUAUUAAUUCUACAAAGAUCCUGAAGCAAGCAGUGUGGUCUUUGUCUUCAAAGUAAACAGAAAGUUAAUGUGAGUACAUACAGUAUAUGUGAAACUGUUUAUGUCCACUUCAAAACUAUUUCAACUGGAUGCUUUAAUGAAAAAAACUCACCUUUGUAGUAAAUGUCAAGAGGGCUACAAAUCCUUGUACAUAAGUAAACAGUAUUCUAAAAUAUUUUUGUGAGAGAUAAAGGACAAGAAAAGGUGUGCUAUGAAGGAAGUGCAAUUGUUUCAUGUGGGAAAAAAUGUUUCAUGUAUUUUUUACUGUUUUUAAUUAAUUAAAGUUAUAAAACUGUUUACUAGAUAUCCCAUCUUGUUUUAAAAAUUCCAACUAUUUCUAAGCAUUACAUAUAUAGAUAUAUAUAUAUAUAAUUUAUGUACUUAUUUUUCCUAAACAGGACAAUGUCUCGAAUAUGGGCAUAUGUAGAAAAAACACACACAUUCAGUAUUUUAAAACAGUGCUAUACUUCAAAGUAUAGUGUCACACUUGCAAAGAAAAUAUCAUACAUGUCAAGUAUAUUUUUUAAAACACUGAGAAACAUCUCACAAACGGGAUUCUUUACAGAUGGUUAAUGCCAACUAAUAAGACAGACUUAUUAAAAAUUCAUUCUAAAUAUUCUUGUGUGCAAGGACUCUGAUGCAAAACUCUAUAAAUGUUUUUAUGCUUGGUUAUUGAGUCAUACCCAAAACUAGUAUUAUACAGGCGUUCAGAAUGAAAAAGAAGGAUUCCUUGGUGAAAUAUUUAAGAGCUAAAAAAAUGAAAGUUAUCACUGAGUGUUCUCUACAUGUCCAGACUAUUUUCUUAAACAAGUUGCAGAUUUUUAAUUUUUUACAUUUUUUUAAAAAGAAAAAGCUAACAUGCAUAGUAAAUACAUAUUGUGUUGAACCAUACCAUACUAUGUAAUUUGUAAUAAAAUGUUUUUUCAAGUGUGUUAAACGCAUCAUAUUGUAUUACAUUUAGGAUCACACAGGCUCGAUUUAGAUCUUGAGAGGAAUAUUUAAUUCUUAUAACUUUUAGCUACAUAUGGUAUGUGACUGACCUAGAACUGUUUCCACCCUAAUGUGAUACAUGUGAUAAAAAGCAGGAACAACAUUAUGACAAAGGAAACAUCACCACUAUUACUGUAGCAUAUUAUGUAAUUUUGCUGCUAAAUUCAUUGGCAAUAUCAUGCAUUCUCAGACACUAAAUUUACUAUUUGCACUGCUUCCAUAAUAUGCUUUAAUUACUUUCUAAUCAAUAAAUACUGCAGUAAUUUUGCAUUACUUACUGUUUUCAUAUUACAUGGACAAUGUUUUCUAAGUCUGCAUAAUUCCCAUUAAGCAACAGUGACAUUCCUAUGCUUUGAAAUUAUUAUUAGGAAACAAUUCAUGUAAGUACCACUUGUUUUCUUAAAAUUA